AUAUCUAUAUAUAUAUUGAAUAGGGGAUUUAAACCUCCGGAGCUGUUCUGUACAAACACAAGGCAUGCCCUGUAACUCCCACAAAUGGGAAGAGAGCUCUGGAAGCGUGCAAAGGCUGGUUUGGUGUAUCCGCACCCGAAGCAGCCGUGUCACGUAACAGACAGCUUCCCACGCCAACCAGGCUGGCGCAGCCGCGCGCGCUCCGCGGCAUCUGGGCACGCCGGAGCAUCGGCUGCUCUCCGGGGAGGGGAAGGGGCUCAGUUAUUAAUGACUGCCGAGCAGGCAGCACCAUGUCAGUGUGACAAGUGAGCGGGUGAACGAUGCAGCACUAACCACCAUGGAAACAAGGAGAAAUAAGAAGAGCUAGUGAGCAUCUCUCUCUCCGCCCCCCCCCCCGCUUUCUCUCUCCACUGGAUUGCGAGCCUCAGCCAGGCAGCAACAGCGCCUGGCAAAUGUAAGGGAUCUCAGCUGGCAGCGCAGAGAGUCGCUCAUGUUGUAGGAUAUCAAUAGAUACAUCUCUGUAUUAUAUACCAUUAGACACAUGCACACACACAUAUACAUGUAUGCACAUCCACUCACACUCUGGCUUUAAUACAAGUAUGUGGCUACCUGAACUAAGGAAUCACAAUCACUGAGAUGCAAGAACUCCUCCAGCUCUGAAACUACUCUUAUUAUAAGAUAUUAGGAAGCAAACCAUACCAUUUUAUCUGGAUGAGGAAAUACACAUACAAUCAGAAUACACACAAAUAUUUAUAAAUGCAGCUGGGUAAAGAAUUACAUCAAAGACUCCAAAAUGAUGAUGCACAGCUCAUGAUGCUGCUUGUGUGAAAACGCUUAUCCCACAGCUCAGCUUACUGGUGAUAAUUUGCUGCUGAGCCUCAUCUCUACAAGCUUUCCUAUUGUGCACCACAGCAGGUCAUCCUGUCAUUCCUGCAAACACUAAUCAAUCAUGGGAUUUGAAGUUAAUACUACUAAAUAAAUGAAUUGCUUAAUCUCCUAUGACCAUCUAUACAUACUUCAUCUUCACAAGGCUUAUCAAUUUUAUGUCAUCGAGGACAGAGUGACCUUCAUUUCCACACGAUGUCUCUUACUACUGGACAAAUUGGUUACAAAUUCAUCACUUAUCCUCAGGAAGAAAGUCCUUCACAGUCAUCAUUUGACAAGUGCAAGUGUGUGUUUUAUCAACUGACCAGGUCAUACUGAAUUCCAAAACUGUAAUUCUGGAAUACUAAAGGGUUUGUUACUUCUCCGAGCAUUUGAGCUAAGAUGAAGGACAUGCAACUCAAAAUUAAUUUUCUACUUGGCCUAGUUAUCACCGCACUAGUACAAGCUGUAGAAAAAAAAACAGACUGCCCAGAGUCAUGUAUAUGUGAGAUUAGACCAUGGUUCACUCCCAGGUCUGUGUACAUGGAGGCUCCAACAGUGGACUGCAAUGAUUUAGGCCUUUUUAAUUUUCCAGCCAGACUGCCUGCCGACACACAAGUUCUACUUCUACAGACUAAUAAUAUUGCAAAAAUUGAACAUUCGGUAGACUUCCCAGUGAAUUUAACUGGUCUAGAUUUAUCUCAGAACAAUUUAUCCUCAGUUACCAGUAUUAAUCUUAGAAAGAUACCACAGUUGCUUUCAGUUUACCUUGAAGAAAACAAACUUACUGAACUCCCUGAAGAAUGUCUCUCUGGACUCCACAAUUUACAAGAGCUUUAUAUUAAUCAUAAUCUGCUUUCUGUGAUUGCACCGGGAGCUUUCAUAGGCCUCAAUAAUCUUCUCAGACUUCAUCUCAAUUCAAAUGGUCUGCAAAUGAUCAACAGAAAGUGGUUUGAAGCUACUCCUAAUCUUGAAAUUCUCAUGAUUGGAGAAAACCCAAUAAUCAAAAUCGAAGACAUGAACUUUAAGCCUCUUAUCAACUUGCGCAGCUUAGUUUUAGCUGGAAUAAAUCUCACUGAAAUACCAGAUAAUGCUUUGGUUGGCCUUGACAAUUUAGAAAGCAUCUCCUUUUAUGACAACAGAUUUGUUAGAGUGCCCCACAUUGCUCUCCAAAAGGCUACAAAUCUUAAAUUUCUGGAUCUAAAUAAGAAUCCCAUUAACAGAAUACGACGAGGAGAUUUUAGCAAUAUGCUGCACUUGAAAGAGUUAGGAAUUAAUAACAUGCCUGAACUGAUUUCUAUAGAUAGCCUUGCUGUUGAUAAUUUGCCAGAUUUAAGAAAAAUAGAAGCUACCAAUAACCCCAGAUUAUCAUACAUUCACCCAAAUGCAUUCUACAGACUUCCCAAGCUGGAAUCGCUGAUGCUCAACAGCAAUGCGCUGAGCGCCCUGUACCGCAGCACAAUAGAGUCCUUGCCUAACCUCAAAGAAGUCAGUAUCCACAGCAACCCCAUCAGAUGUGACUGCGUCAUCCGCUGGAUUAACAUGAAUAAAACAAACAUUCGCUUCAUGGAGCCGGAGUCCCUGUUUUGUGUCGACCCCCCUGAAUUCCAAGGCCAGAAUGUGAGACAGAUACACUUUCGGGAAAUGAUGGAAAUCUGUCUCCCCCUGAUAGCUCCUGAAAGUUUUCCAUCUACUCUGGAUAUAAAAACUGGCAGCCAUAUUUCCUUACACUGCAGAGCAACAGCAGAACCAGAACCUGAAAUCUACUGGAUAACACCAUCAGGACACAGACUUUUGCCUAAUACCGUUUCUAAUAAAUACUACACUCAUUCUGAAGGAACAUUAGACAUCAGUGAUGUAACACAAAAAGAAAGUGGCUUAUACACAUGUAUAGCAACGAAUUUAGUUGGGGCAGACCUAAAGUCAGUCAUGAUUAAAGUUGAUGGCUCUUUCCCUCAGGACAGCAACGAAUCUUUGAAUAUUAAAAUAAAAGAUAUAAAAUCUAAUUCUGUUUUGGUUUCAUGGAAAGCAAGUUCCAAAAUUCUGAAGUCCAGUGUUAGAUGGACAGCCUUUGUGAAAGCUGAAAACUCUCAGGCUGCACAGAGUGCUCGAAUACCAUCUGAUAUAAAGGUAUAUAACCUAACACAUCUAAAUCCAUCAACUGAAUACAAAAUUUGUAUAGAUAUUCCCACUAUCUAUUCACAGAAUAAGAAACAAUGCGUCAACGUAACCACAAAAGGACUGGACUUAGCAGUAAAAGGCUAUGAAAAGAACAACAUAAUAGGAUUCCUUGCCUGCCUUGGUGCUCUUUUGGGAAUCAUCUCUGUGAUAUAUCUUUACAGCUGCAUCUCACGAGAGAUGCACUAUGAUGUUGGACAUAGCCAUCUAAAGAAUUACCUGAAGAAACAAUCCUUUUCACUCAAUGAGCUUUAUCCUCCUCUGAUCAGUCUUUGGGACAUGGGCAAACAAAAAAGCACAGAAAUGGAAGUAAAAGCAACAAUAAUAGGUGUGCCAACCAAUGUGUCAUAAAUAUGUCAGUACAUCACUUAAUUUCUGAAAUAAGAAGCACAUGACUGCAUUUGUGCUGAAUAAAAAGGUAAUAAGAAAAAGGAUUUAUUUUAGGAACCAGACUCCUGGACUUCGCUGCUGCUGACAAAUGGGAAUAUGUACUGACUCAGUAUAAGAGAAGAAUUUUUCUGGCUUCUAAGGGUAUUCUGCCAACCAAAUACAAUUGACUUCAUUUUCCAGAACUUACACGGGACUCCUAAGUCUGGAAUAUAGUGGAAGUAGCCAAGAACAUUUUCUGUAUUUUUUUUUAAAUAUUAUAUAAAAGUAGUGGAACUGAGCAAUACCUCUUCCUGUGCUGUAUUACACACACUAGCCACGAGAUUUUGCAGUGAACAGAUAUACUAGGAUUGACAUUACAUGGUGUAAUGAAAUGGACGAAUUCUGUAGAGUAGACACAGUGAGUAUGUGAUUUUUUUUUAUAAGGAAAAUACAUUUUUGAUUAAAAUCAAAA